UUCAUAUGGCACGCUGUGAGUAGGCGAUAAACGUGCUCCUAGUUAAAUCUAUUAAAUAUCCAGUAUCUCACCGAAUUGAAUUCUAAAAAAUUGCAGACGGUAUAAUAAAGUGUCAUUCUACAAGAUUGUGAAGUGGAAAUACAGGAAAAAUGGUUCUAACUCGAGAAGUUUGUGAAGAAAUCAAGAAUAAUAUUAAUAAUGCAUUGGGAAAAUGUAUGAGCGAUCAAGCAUUCAUAAAAACAUUAGCAGAUAAUGUUUCCGAAGCAGUCACAAAAACCGUCAACAAAAAACUUCAGAUUCUAGAACAAAAAAUUAAUGACUUAAAAACCAAUUUACAAGAAAUGAAAGCUGAUACAGACGCAAAAAUUGAUAUACUGGAUGUCCAACUCAAGAAAAUGAAUGGUGAGAAUGAAUCACUUGUGCGAAAUUAUGAUUACAUGGAACAAAACAUGAAGAGAAAUAACCUGAGAAUCUUCAACUUCCAAGAAAAGUCGAAUGAAAAUACGAGGCAGGAAAUUAUGACGUUGCUGAACUCUAAACUCAAUUGCAAUAUAAAAGAUCAGGACAUAGAAUUAUGCUAUAGGAUUGGAAAAACAGAUAAUUCAACAAAUACUAAAAAGGCUAGAGGUAUUCUCCUGAAAUUGAAAGACUAUGAAAUUAGGCAAACAAUCUACCAUGCCAAAAAAAUGCUGAAAGGUACGGGGGUUAUUAUAAGAGAAGAUCUCACAAAAAUACGCAUGGAAUUAAUGACCAUGGCCAUUGAGAGAACAUCGGUGAAGAACGUAUGGACAGAAGCCGGCAAAAUUUUUGUAAAUGUUAAUGGGAAAAUUCAUAUAGUUACAGCUAUGAGAGACUUCAAACAAGUAUUCAAUAUGUAAUAUUUCAAAAUACUAGGGGCUGCGUUUCAGCUAUCUGCAAAGCUUAUUUCAUCAAUAAUUAUAUUAGUUUUUUUGCUGAUAGUUAUUGAUAUUUGUUAAUUUUUCAUUAUCUUCUUGUUUCGUUUUUUAUAGUGUUUUUGUUGAAAACAUCUCAAUUUCAGUUUGAAAUAAAU